CACCUUCACCUCGAGUUCGCCCCAGACUGUACAAGAGCCAGAAUGGCGGCGCUCAACGACUCCCGCACGAGCUCCGGCUUCGACUUUGGCAACCAUCUGCGCAACGAACACCUGAUGGGCAUGCGCACCAGCCAGGCACAUGCCUCGACAAGCUACAGCGCAGGACCGACCAGUUCACGCGCUGUUCAGCUUCCCAAGAGCACGAGCACAGGCACGACCAUCGUCGGCUGCAUCUUUGACGAUGGCGUCGUGCUCGGUGCAGACACACGCGCUACAGAGGGACCGAUUGUAGCGGACAAGAACUGCGAGAAGAUCCAUUACAUCACUGACAACAUCCGCUGCUGUGGCGCAGGCACAGCAGCAGACACAGAGUUCACGACUGCCAUGAUCUCAUCGAACAUGCAGCUUCACUCGCUCAGCGUCGGGCGACCGGCCCGAGUGGUGACGGCCAUGACGAUGCUCAAGCAGUACCUCUUCCGAUAUCAGGGUCAUGUCGGCGCAGCUCUCGUGCUUGGCGGAUACGACGUGAGCGGACCGCAGCUCUUCACCGUCGCGCCUCACGGAUCAACCGACAAGCUGCCCUAUGUCACCAUGGGCUCAGGAUCACUGGCUGCCAUGGCAGUCUUCGAGUCAAAGUGGACCGCAAAGAUGUCAAGACAGGACGCGAUGGACUUGGUCGCAGAAGCCAUCGAGGCCGGCAUCUUCAACGAUCUGGGUUCCGGGAGCAAUGUCGACGUCUGCAUCAUCGAGAAGGGCAAGACGGAGAUGCUGAGGAAUUGGCGGAAACCGAACGAGCGUGUCCAGAAGGAAAUGUCUUACAAACCAAAGCUAGGCACGACAGUCUGGAAGAAGGAGAUGGUCAAGUCUCUCAUAGUCAAGACAGAAGUAAUUCCUACGCAAAUAGCGCCCGUCACAGGUGCAGCAGGCGACAGCAUGCAGGUUGACGCAUAG